ACAGGACGUGCAGUAGUGAGACCAGUUAGUAUCCCGCUGGGUUCACUUUGCAAUUACCAAACUCCAUAACAAGUUACCGAUUCCAAGGCCAUGACCAAGCACGAGGAGAUCAAGACCAUGCAGCUCUACCGUCAUUUGGACCGCAUCGAUCGUCGCCUGAAGGAAUUAGGCUACAUCAGCAAGGACGCCCCCGUGGAUCCGGAGCAGUUGAGCACGCUAGACUCGCUGCACUUCUUUGGAGACGAACCCAUCUGCCGCGUCGUGGAGCUGCUGGACGAGACUCCGGGAGAGAAGAAGGUGCUGGACAUUGGUACGGGCUUUGGAGGCACCGCUCGGUUGUUGGCACACCGCAGUGGAUGCAAGGUGGACGCUUUGGAGCUACAACCGGACCUGAGUGAGGCCGGUCGAGAGCUUACUCGACGUUGCGGGCUGAGCGACCAAGUUUCGCACUUGAACGGUGACUUCUUAGAGCUUUCGCUUAAAAGAAGCGAGUUCGACGCAGUGAUUGGGUUGCUGUGCUUCUUGCAUAUCGGUCAUUGGCGUCAGCUCUUCCAACGCUGCUACGAUAGUCUCAAACCGGGUGGAUUCCUGUAUGUCGACGACUUUUUCCUUCGUGGUGAGAAGCUGACAAACGAGGACGCGCUUACGCUCAAGCAAGACAUUUACUGUGCCGAUCUGCUGCGUCAAGAGGAGAUUCGAGUUGUGUUGAAAGCUUGCGGCUUUGAAAAAAUCGAUUUCCAAGACGUGACGGACAAGUGGCAGCCGUAUGUGUCGGAUCGUGCCACGCAGUAUCAUGCAACGUUGGAGACGCACAUCGCUCGUGAUGGCGAGGCAGCAGCUCAUGAUCUUGACCACUUCUACUCUCGCGUAGCACGUUUAUUCCAAGAUGGAAACGUGGGAGGCUACACGUUGAUCGUGCGUAAACCGCUUUGAAAUUGAAUUCAGUUUAGCUGUGGCUACAGUAGCUAGCUCUCACAUACUCUCUUUGCCAACAGUAAAUAAUUCACUUAUACAUUUGAUGCAGCCAUUCUGGAACCAUCAUUUACAUGAUGCUCAUGACAC